CGGCCGACGGAGUCUCUCGGAUGGGGGUGGGGUGAGUGGGGUCUUAAGACGCUCUUCGAGACGCUAUCCGGCCCGAGGGGGUGUGCGCUGUAAAUGCAAGUUGUCGUCGUGCUCGUCGUCGUCGUUGUUGUCGUUGUUGUCGUCGUCGUCGUCUCCCCGGCGAAGGGCUUUUUUAUUGGAACGUCAGAAUUGAGCGCUGACCCACUGUGGUGGUCCGGGUUCCUUCCUCCCUUCCUGAGCCGGACGCAGUAUUAUUGUCCCCAGCCAACCUGACCCAUCGCUGAGCUGAGCUGAGCUGAGCUGUCGUUUGUGGAUAAGUGUGGAGAUUAUUGGGAGUACACAGACUGCUCUGUGAAUUGUGAGGAAUGUCGGAUUCUUCCGAGUCGGCAAAGGUUCAAAGAACAAAAUCUGACCAUUUCCUGAACCAGCGGUCGGAUUAUUGUAAUAAUAAUAGUAAUAAUAAUGAUGAGGCUGAUGCUUGAUUUCCUAUCGCGGCUUAUCACGUCGUCGAGAACGUCUCAAAGCGCUUCACAGAAUAUACUGUAAAGUGGAUUGACUGUAUAUUUUUAUGAUUCGUCAUCUGUGAAUUUCACAAGCCAGAAGUCGCGAUUAAUGGCGUAUUGGGACAAAUUCAGUUUGCAGAUAUCACAAAUUAACCUCAAUGUUCCAGUCAGUCGUUAAGCGCUCCGAGAUGCUGUCCCACAUGAAAGGUGCUAUAUAAAUACAAGUUGUUGUUGUCUCUCAGUUCAGUUUUAUUGAUUUACAGUUGCAGAAUGGACCCAGUAAUUCUGAGCUUCCAGGACAGCUUACUGCGACGUUCUGACUUCUCCCUGCUCAACCCACCCAACUGGCUCAAUGACCAUGUCAUCAGCUUUGCCUUUGAGUACUUCUCAGCAGAAGAGUACAAGGAGCUGUCUAACAGUGUCUGCUUUAUCAGUCCAGAAGUUACUCAGUUCAUUAAAUGCACGAGUAGUCAGGAGGAGCUGGCCAUCUUUUUGGAGCCGCUAACCUUGGUCAGGAAAAGCCUGGUCUUUCUGGCCGUCAAUGACAACGCAAUGCAGGUGGCCGGGGGAACCCAUUGGAGCUUACUUGUCUAUAGUAGAUCCAGGAACUGCUUCAGUCACUACGAUUCCUGCCACAGCAUGAACUCAAAGCACGCCCGGCAGAUCGUGGAAAAGCUGCAACCCUUCCUGGGGACCAGGUCUAAAGUGCCUUUUGUGGAGGAGUCAGCACCGGUACAGCAGAACAGCUACGACUGCGGAAUGUACGUGAUGUGCAACGCAGAGGCGCUCUGCCAGCACUACCUGAGGGGAGACGAGCGAUCCCUGCAACAGGUUGUGACCCCGGCCCACAUCACCCAGAAGAGAGUUAGCUGGAAAAAUCUGAUUGAACAAUUAGCAAAACAGCAAGCAAAAGUCUGAUGACUUUUCUGCACGUUCACCUGUUCAGCGCGUAAUGCCUAAGAUAUUAAUCCUUGCAUUUGAUAGAGCGCCUUAUUACGUUUUCGAGAAGUCUCAAAGUACUUCACAGAAUAUACUGCAAAGUGAAUUGACUGUAUUUUGUGGGUGAAACGUAUGUAAUGACUAGCUCUGAGGUCUGUCAUUUGGAAGAAAUGAAUCAUUCUUACAGGAAAGGUUUCUUAGUACUCAAUCAGAUCGAACAGAAAGAAAGAGGCCUUUGCUCAUGGGUCUCACUUUAUUUCAAAAAGAAAGAACUGAGCUUGUUCGUCGUGUUUUUCCACCCUGCCAAACACACACGAGGGAUUGGUGAGGCUCCCUGCCUCGUCCCUCCAAGAAGAGGCGUGAAGUGGAGAAGCAUUGUUCUGAAGAUCCUCUGCUCUGGGUGACAUUCAGGAGAUUUAUUGACUGAAGCACCUUUAUUGUAUUUUUAAACAAAUAUUCCCUGUAACCAGAACAUUUGGGGGAAAGUUUUAUGUUUGGUUUCUGUGAACAAUUCAUCAGCCUCAAUAAAUUCAAUCCCUAA